GCAACAACAACUACAUACAAUACUACGAGCAUUCAAUGACUUGGUGCGAGAUUGACACGACCGUAUCGUGUUAACAGACCAUCGGUACCUUCUGAUUCUAAGUCCAGUCAUUGAACUGCAUGAUUGACUAAUACGAUAUCCCGCUGGCUGAUCACCAACAUGUCACAAUCUCUCCGUCCCUAUCUCCAAUGCGUCCGAUCCUCCUUGACGGCGGCUCUUUCUGUAUCCAAUUUCGCAUCCCAGACCUCCGAGAGACAUAAUGUUCCGGAAAUCGAAGCUGCCAGCUCCCCCGAACUGCUCUUGAACCCGCUCACAGUAGCCCGCAACGAGAGCGAGCGGGUCCUGAUUGAGCCCAGUGUGAACAGUGUGCGCGUUAGCAUUCGUAUCAAGCAAGCCGACGAAAUCGAAAAUAUUCUAGUACAUAAGUUUACAAGAUUCUUGACUCAACGUGCGGAGUCGUUCUUCAUCUUGCGACGUAAGCCUGUGAGGGGAUACGACAUUUCUUUCCUCAUUACCAAUUUCCAUACCGAAGCCAUGUUAAAACACAAGCUCGUCGAUUUUAUAAUCCAAUUCAUGGAGGAAGUAGACAAGGAAAUCUCAGAAAUGAAACUCUUUUUGAAUGCACGAGCUCGAUUUGUUGCCGAGUCCUUUCUCACUCCAGUAAUUUGAUUGAUUCAGUGAUAUCUCUUAGCCUUGUUAUUUUGAAUUUCAAACAAAUUAUUGUUA